UGCACGGAGUUACUUCCGCCUAGGUGUUUCCCUGUGACUGGAAGUUAAGUUCAAACUGAUCCGCCCGAUACAAUACUGCAAAUAUUACGGCUAUGAUAGUCUAUCUCUCCUUCUCCUCCGAAGAGUGUUUGUCAGAGAUAUUCGCCACGGAACAGUACAGUUAAGUUAUUUAGCAGGCUAACUAGCCACUCUCUCCUUACUGCAGGUGUUUUAUCUAUUGCUACAGGGAAUGGGAUAAUGGAUUGUCUAUGGGAAAUAAUUCACUGUCUGGUUGGAUUGGCAGUGGCUGCUUUGAUCGUGGUGCUGCUGGUAGCCCACCUGACUGCCGGGAUGGUGGACCUGAAACGCCAUGAGAAGGAGACGCUGUUCCCGACCGCGACUGGAGAGAAGGAGCCCUUCCCCAGCCUUCAUGACCCCAGCUCCCUGGAGCUGUCUGUAAUCGUGCCUGCCUAUAAUGAGGAGCUACGAAUGCCUGUGAUGAUGGAGGAAGCUAUGGGAUACCUGGAGAACAGACAGAAACAGCAGCCGUUGUUUACCUAUGAGGUCAUUGUGGUGGACGACGGCAGCAGUGACCAAACAACAGAGGUUGCUUUGCGGUACACCAGAAAGUAUGGCGCAGACAAAGUCAGAGUCCUGACCCUGGUGAAAAACAGAGGGAAAGGAGGGGCCGUCAGGAUGGGUACUCUGAGUUCCAGAGGGAAGCUGAUAUUGAUGGCGGAUGCGGACGGAGCCACUAAGUUUGCAGACGUGGAGAAGGUGGAGGCCGGCCUUCAUGACGUAAACAUCAAACCAGAGAACAUGGCUAUAUCCUGUGGGUCCAGAGCACACCUGGAGGAGGAGGCAGUCGCUUCGCGGUCCAUGUUCCGUACGUUCCUGAUGUAUGGGUUCCACUUCCUGGUUUGGUUUUUCUGUGUGCGAGGCAUCAAGGACACACAGUGUGGCUUCAAGCUCUUCACCCGCGAGGCUGCCCUCAAAACCUUCUCCUCCCUACAUGUGGAGCGAUGGGCCUUUGACGUGGAGCUGCUGUAUAUCGCUCAGUGCUUUAAGAUACCCAUAGCCGAGGUGGCCGUCAACUGGACUGAGAUAGAAGGGUCCAAGCUGGUGCCAGUGUGGAGCUGGCUACAGAUGGGUCGAGACCUGGUGUUCAUACGCCUGCGUUACAUCACCGGUGCCUGGAGACUGGAAAGCCCUCGCAAGACCGACUAGAGCCAAUCACAUCAGCCCUCGCACAAUGAGACAGCCCUCUGAUUGGACAGAUGAACUUCCUCGUUGGACGGGAUUACCGUGAACUCCGUUGUGGGCUGCGGCUCGAUUGUCUGAUGUGGCUUGCUCUCCUUGUGUCCUCUGCUUCAGCUGCACUGAUCUGAACUAGCAGGACAGGUGAAAGCAUUGAAGAGGAUGCCUACUGGGAGUUUGUUUUCACCUGUUCAGCUCUUUAAUGUCCUCUGCAGAUUGAGGAGAGGAAGCUAUUUUUAGACUAUUGAGAUUUUGGUGGCGGCAGAGUAGCCUAGUGGUUAGAGCGUUGGACUGGUAACCGAAAGGUUGCAAGUUCAAACCCCCGAGCUGACAAGGUCUGUCGUUCUGCCCCUGAACAGGCAGUUCCUAGGCCGUCAUUGAAAAUUAGAAUUUGUUCUUAACUGACUUGCCUGGUUAAAUAAAGAUAAAAUAAAAUGCAUCAAUGGGAGGGCUAUGUUCUCUUUUGAACAUUGCCAUUGGCUGAGAAAUCUUUAGAUGAUUGAUUGACAGGUCCCGUUCUGUCCCGCCUAUUGCCAGGUUCAGAACACUUGUUUCUUUCACCUGAAAAAGGGUUUGUGGUGUCCGUGGUAACAUGCACAUGCCAUUGCCACGGUUUCAGAUACACGCACCACAUGAUCAAUCCGUGUACCAUGUUACUCAUUUUUUUUACAUUUCUGUCAAACUGUUUGUGUGGGUGAAGAGGAAUGUUGACUGUGUCGCUGAGGGAUCAAAUGGAUCAUGUUUUGGUUUUUAUCAUGAUUUUGGUUAGGUAAAAUUGAAGGUGUCAUUUUCAAUGAGGGUUAAUUGGUUGUAAAGUUAUGUCUGUAAUGUAGAAGGAUGGACUGAACCAAAUUAAAUGAAAAUCAGCUCUGAUGA